AUGACUUCAAAAAUUGACAAAUCAACAAAUAUGUUAGAGAAAAAAAUCGAACAAAUUGUAGACAAAGAUAGUGAAGGACUGAAUAUCAGAGAAAUAAUCAAAGAGAUAUUCAGCGACAUGAAAGAGAUUCUGCUUGGGUCAGUUUUUUUACGCAUUGACAAAUUAGAGAACCAACAGUUUGACAGAGAUACUGACAAAGAAAAACAAUCAAAGAAAAUUGAAUCGCUCGAAAAACGUAUUAAAGACAAAGACAAUGAAAUUAUUAACCUAAAAAGAGAGGUACAUGAAAAUGAAUCAAAAAACGAAUUUGCGCACAAUGAAUUCGAACAAUACACGCGUUUAAACAAUAUUCGAAUUAGAGGCCUACCGGAAACUAAUGACAAAGCCAACCCAGAAAGACCAGAAGAAACGACCCAAAAACUUGUUAAAAAGCUAACCGAACGCAACAUUAACGUUACCUUCGAUGACAUUGACAUCGCCCAUAGGCUCCGAAAAACUACGGACGGGAAAAGGGAUGUCAUCGUAAGGUUCAAAUCACGCAUGAAGCGAGAUCUUGUUAUGAGGAGCAAACGCAGCCUACGGGGAACCGGGAUCUUUAUUUUUGAUGACUUGACAAAACUUAACCACGAUGUUUUUAUGAGUGUUCGUCUCAAAAUGAAAGACGAGGUUGAUCAAGCAUGGGUCUCAAACGGAAAGAUACUAUACAGAAAUAAACAGGACCGCAUCGUUCGGGUCGACUACAGUGACUACGACAGCUGGCUGGAUCUACCUUGGCCACACACGUAA